AUGGUAACGGCCUGUGCGUGCACUCCUCUCCUGGCUGCUGUGAUGUGGCUUCUAGCCUGCUCUCGGACGAGAGCCACUGUGGAGCAGGCUCUCUCUCCAGAAUGCCGCGAGUUCCUGUACGUGGGCAGGGCACCCGUGGGGCUAGAGGACCACUCGCUGGUGAAGAUCUGCCAGCGCUACAACAAGAAGCCCCGCUACGUCACCCUAUACAACACCAAGGACCACGUGAGAGUUUACUCUGCCUACACCUUCCAUGGCUCUGACGAGGAGAAGAUGGUAGACGUCCCGCGAAUGUAUGAACCGCAGCUGUCCACCUCUUUGGACACAGGUGAAAUGCAGCCCUUCCCACGUGGCUACGUGCACCAGAACUUUGAAGAUGCUCAGGCAGUCCUGGAGGACUAUGCCAACGUUGUACUCUAUGAGCGGGGGCACCUGAACCCCGACGAACACCAGGCCACACCCGACGACAAAGCGGCUACCUACACGCUGACCAACGUGGUGCCCCAGGUGCGGGAGUUCCACAAAGGCCCAUGGAAGGCCCAGGAGCGCGUGGUCCGCCGCCGGCUCAACAACUACUGCCGGGGCACAGCCUACGUGGUGACGGGCAUCACUACCUCGGCCAACAUGAUCCGUAGGCACAACAUCGACCGGGUGGCCAUCCCCACUUACAUGUGGUCCGCCUACUGCUGCAUCGAAUACGACCGCAACGCACCAUAUGACGAGCGCUACAGGUUCCCCGCCUUCGCCCACUACGGACUCAACGACAAGGAGAACAACGAGAUUGUGGAGCUGUCUGUCCCCAAGCUCGAGGAAUUCCUGAAGAAGUCCACAUUUGUGGACAAAAACUUCCAAGUAUUUGCUGAGCAAUGUGUGCUCCCUGGAUCCACCUUGUCCUAG